AUGUCUUUCUUAAACAAUUGCCGAAAUAUGCUGUUAGCUUUUUUAGAAAGGAAUCAACUCGCAGCAACAAAUUUGACUCUCAAGAGGUUCAGACGGCGAUCACCAUGUGAUGAGUGCUUAUACCCUCCGGAUAAAAAACCGUGCUUCGACAUCAAAAAAGUGACAGUCGAAAGAGGUAACCCAUGCCACUCAAACAUGAUUCGCUUGUUCCUCUACACCCACUACUGGCCCCGAGAGCCCAGUGUUGUUGGACUGUGGACGCCUCUUAACAGCUCCUAUUUGGACAUUCUUACGGACAAAUACGCUAAUUCUGGUGACCGAUUUCUGGCAUUCGAAAAAAUUGAUCGUACCGGCGAAACGAAAUUGAUUGGAGUCAGUGUCGCUAACAAAAUAUUUCCAUGGAUGACCGACGAGCUGGAGGAAUGGGCACACUUCACAUUCUCCAAACCAGAACGGACCAGGAUGUACUUCAUUGCUCAUUGCUUGAAGAAUUCCAAUUUGAUCAACAAAUAUAAUGUUGAGUACGUUUAUGAGGUGGAAGUUCUUGGUACAGACGCAGAAGUAGCUGGCCAAGGUGUGGGCAAGCUUCUACUAGAUGCUGCUCUCAAUCACGCUGAAGAAUUAGGUUAUCCCAUAGCACAGGUCAUAGCGGUCAACCAUUAUGCUUCUAAAAUCUGUAAGAAAUGCGGAAUGAAGCUAGAAUGGUCUAUGAACUACGAAUACUUCGUCGAUAGAGCUGGACAACGAGUGUUCUUCCCUCGUCGACCACACCAGGUUGUCUGCGUUUAUUCAAAGUUCUUCGAUCCGUCAAAGAAGAAAAAGGAGCCUUGUAAGCCACAAUACUUCUGA